AUGGAAUACAGCUUAUGCAAUGAAGAUAAAUGCUGGAGAGCGACUCGCGGAAAAAGGACGGAAGAGCUUCUUAGGCAACCGCAAGCAGCAUUGUUUGGUACUCCGCAACCUCGUGAUGUGGAAUGGGAUGGAACCAAGGGCACUGCUGCUGGCCUGCAAACAGUCUGGGAAGAGGAAAAAGACAAAGGAUGGCAUCGAAUUCGUCGACACCGUGCAAGUUCUCAGGUUGCCGCAAGGCUUAGCGGUAGACUUGAAGAGGCUUCCGGGUCCCCUAAUGCACGGAGGCUAGAGCUCUUUCAACGAAGGAACAGCAGCAGCAAACUUCAAGAUCUUAUUAAUUGGACAUCAAACGGCUCUGAAGAAUCUGAGAUUCUGCACAACCACGGGUUGCACGGAUCGUCAGCUGGAGGCGAAAAAUUCCGCACUUCUCAUAGUCUGAAAAGACAAAUUGCACCCCCUGGUGAACAAAAGUUUGGGGAAAUUUUGGAGCAUCGCUUUGUCAAGGCUAACCCGAGUGACCCAGUCGGGAACAACCGACACUCUGGCGGGAAGGCAUCACUAUGUGUCAAUCGUGAUCAGCAUGACAUACGAGGCAUAAUCAGUCAUUCUUACAUGGUCAGUGAUCCGGUCGUGCCUUCACAUCGCCGAAUAUCUCACGUUCACGCUGCAGAAAACCCAUGCCGCUGGGGCGUUGAUGUCCUCAACUACCAGCUGCCGGAGCCGCGAAAGCUAAGGGGGACUGGAACAGAAGAGAACUUGGAGGCAGGACUAAUCCCACGGCAAAGCUUUGAUGAAAUUUCUUGUGUGGAGCGAAGAAUGAAGAGCACCAAGCAUCGAAGUUACACUCGAGGGCACCUCGAGCCGUCUACUUUGUAUCCAGCAGAAUCCGACUCUCUCAAGUUUGCUCAGGGCAAAAGGAGAAGCAAAGUGGAGGGCGAUAAUCUCGACAAUGGGAUGGUUCCUUGUGUUGGACCUGAAUCAUGCAGGAAAAGGUGCAGCAACCAGUGGCACAUGCGCAGUAUUCAGAUUGAUCUAACACCCCAGAAUUCCGCGAUAGAGAAGACAGGACGCCGACAGCACCCGGGGUGGCAGCGAGAGCUUGCCAUUUGCAAUCUGCAGGAACAAACAAGUCUCGACCUGACGGGUCAAGAGUAUUACGGAGAUGCUAAGAAGUUGGCUCCGGGAGUCGCCAAUGCGACCGGCCGGACGCUGACGCCACUCGGACGAUCGCCUACCCACCCCUCUGGCGAACGACCUGGACUGUCGGUGGCGUCGAACGAUACGCAGCGUUUUGACAUCUUAUUAUACUCUACAGUCACGCACAUUUCCUUGGUGCUGCGCAUCCCCUCGCUCAAGGCUGAUCUGCGACAGCGGCACCGCGAUAGGCAACUGUCGGUCAUCGUUGCCAGCUGCUACCUUCGCGUGUGCUGGCAUCCCUGGCUUCUCGAGGUUGAUUUUUGGGGAGACGUCGCUUUUCGGUCUGCUACAGUCAUUCCUGGAGUUGACUGUCUAACUAUUACUGUUCCCAAGGUCGAAGAAGGCCUUUGGGGAUCUUUGACAGCGGUGGGCAACGCACAGCUGCACCAAGAUAUUAGGGAGCGUAGGCGCAUAGCUCUUGCGGAGUAUGCCGAGUGGCAGGACCAGGUACAGAAACAGCGCAUCGCUGCACGUGAUGCACGGAAGCAGCAACAGCAAAAACAUAUUUGGAGGCAGCAACAAGAGCAACGGGAAUGGUGCAAACGUCAAAAGGACAUCCAGGUGCAACAGGUCCUCCAACAGCUGCACGACGACACUGGACAGCCAGUCGAAUUCGAGAAAACGCAGGAGAAGCCUCCCCGUCCCAUUGCCGACCGUGAAGCAUGGGAGCAUAAACUCAAGUGCAUCUGCGAACCAGAAACAACGACGGAUGCAUCUAGCACUCACGAGGGGCGGCAGCAGUUGCAGGCAUUCGUUGACCCGUGUCCCGCAGCUGGUCUAAGUGAAGAUAGUUGCAACAUCGGCACUUUAGGUGAAAAGCAAAACACAGUUGUAAAUUACGAUGACGAGGCAUCUACAAGCGAGGGAAAGGAAGGACCACAAGCCAGAACAGUAGCCCCUACAACUGCCUCGCAAGGUGGGGCACGUAUGAAGGAAACGAGUGAUUCUCCCGUUUCAAAAAGUCUAGUUGCUUCUGCGGACAAGGGUCUAACUGGGGCAUCCAAUGAUAGUCAACCAGCACAGCUGGGAAUCCAGUCGGUCAAACUGUUACCAUCCACGAAAAUAAAGGUUUCGUUUGCCGCUAGGAGACCAAAUAAAGCUCCUGCGAGAGGCCCUCUAGUUCCGCCUUUGCCUCAGAGUGAGCCAGAUAUUGGCAGGCAGAUUUGCACCAGGGAAAAGUCCAAAGACUUAUCGCGGCUGCAGGAAAGUAGUCCACCAUGGCUACACUCGAAAGCAACCCGCCUACUAAUUGGAGGAGAUGCGGCAGCAGCAGAUGAAACAUAUAGCUUAAUUUUACAGCCAACCCAGCGCGAGACCCUUCAUCGGAUGUUUUAUAUAAAGGCGCUGUGUGGGCGAAGCUUGGCUCGGCUAGCUUCAGGACACACUAAAAAGGCUCUUUCGGACUGCAAUGAAGCAAUGACACUUCUGCAGGAAUUACAGCAGCAAGACGAUGAAGCAGCAGCUGUAGCUGGGCACCCGGUAGAGAAAGGCCCACUGCAGGCGGAACUCUUGCGCUUGCAGCAUAUCCUGCUGGCUCGACGUUCUACUGCCUUUUUGAGGCUCGACGCACUUGACGAGCUUCAACAGGUUAGGAAAGUGAAAGAGGAGGCCGACACUGUGCUUCGGUUGGCGUUGACAACACACCACGGGGUCGGGAGUGCGCAUCCCCCGUCAUCAAUGCCAAGAGAAAUUCAGCACUCUCAUGAAGAGAAGCAAAAAACACAAGUCUGUGGGACCACUGAGCAUGCCCCAAAGACUCAAUGCCUUCUUCAACGUAGCAUUGAAGCCUACGUGAAUUGCUUAGCUAUCAUUGUCCCCCAACCCGUGGAAGGCUCUAAGAGACCGGGCAACGCCACGACACAAGAAGUAACGGAAAGCGCCGCUUGGCGUAAUGUACAAACAGAGGAGGCUGCACGGGUCACUGCAGUGGCUGCACAAUUCCAAGCAGCCGUGCAAGCAUCCGCGGCCAAUAACGCCAGUUUUCCUUGGGCCGUAGUAGCUGCAGCAGUAAUUGCCAAUAUGACCCAGGCUGUCACGGAACUACAGGAGAAUUCGUCCGUUUCCGCAGCACGCUUAGCUCUUAGCACUGCCGAAACACUCAUUCAGCAUGCAGAAGAACGCCUCCGGCUCCAGCAGAUUGAGACACUACCGUCGCUCUCAACAGCAGAAGAAACGGAGGAAAGAGCACGAUAUAGACGGCAUCAUCCAGGGGGGUGCACCACGGAGUCUUCGCAUUGCGCUUCAACCCACCUUGCUACAGGGCGUCUGGGAAUCCUUCAUCAGGUGCGUAUGACUGCACUGUGCAUUAGCUAA